AUGGAUGCCAUACCUCCUUCAUACGAGCAUGCCAUCAUGAAAGAUGCACUGGCCAUAAUAGCUGAUUAUAUUCCUUCGGCUGAUCUGUGCUCGGCCUCGCUAGUAAGUCGACGAUGGCAUGCAAUCUUCAAUCCGCAUCUUUGGGGCAACCCCGCAUCACACUUUGGCACUGAGAAUGAUGCCGUAUAUGUUGCCUUGACUCGGUUCAGACGAACCCUACCACAUGCACGACCCGAGGUUCGCAACUUAACUCACACCAUUCAUCUACCACCGGCACUAUCGGAGAUAUAUGGUGGACCCCGCGCAUCGUGGCUAAAAGAUCUCUUGGACUAUCUGCCACGUUUGCAGUCGUUGAUAGUAUCGAAAUUGCCUUUCUUCGACCAUAAUGCAACUAUCAGCCUCAAGGUCCCUUCGGAUGCGCAAAUCUAUCCACCAUACAAUCUUCGGCUACUUUUGGCAGAGGGAGAGCCAAAUACGACAUCGAUUGGACUUGCCACUGCUCUAUCUCGUUUCCCACUGUUGAUAUAUCUGGACUUGUCAUAUACAUCCCCCGCUAAAGACCGGAUCGUGUUAUCUGUCUUAAGUGAGCUUCCAGAUUUACGAGUACUCAAAUUACGGGGUAUCGGCUUGAAGGACGCCGAUGCUGAAUUCGUUGCUAAUGCAAUCGGGACUCGUGUCCGACUGUUGGAUGUUCGAAAUAAUGUGCUUACAGAUAGGAGUGUAAGAUCACUCCUACAGGCUUGCUUCAUACCGAAAGGAACGAGCCAGAUAACCCAUAACGGGGAUGAGUAUUACCUGAAUCACCAUCCCUCGUUACUGCAAAGUCCCAGCUUGGACAAUGACUUUCUCGAUUUUCUUACUCGCCCACUUACCGGUCGCUCCAUUUUCGAGCAUUUACCAAAAGCUGGAAUUACUCACUUGUACAUAUCUGACAAUCGUCUCACUGUCGAAGGUGUUGCGGCCUUGCUCGCAUCCAAAAGACUCCAUCUUCUUGACACUGGGAGUGUAGACACCGCCCAGACUCUGAGAGCUGACCAACCUCUGCUUGCGCCACCAGGUUCCAGAACUGAUUUCAAUACAGUACCCGGGGCUGAGAAGCUAGUCCCCAUACUGGGAGCAUAUGCCAAAGACGGAUUGACAUAUCUCAGAGUGAACCACGCUAUCGUCACGAAAGACGCUCCAGCCACGAGUGAGGCUGCCAUAACCGAACUUCUUCCGGAGUUGCCAGCUGACGAGUUGGACAUUCAUCACUUUCACGCUGAGAUGGAUACAUCUCAUGUGAUUUACGAAAUGCCUGCUGGAAAUGAAUUAUUGUGUGAAUUGGAAGAUACUUCAAUUUCAUCUUCCUCUGUUAACCGGUCUACUUCAGUAGUUAAGAGCAAUCAAUACCCGGAUGAACCUCUCCUUCCACGCCGUGGCUCAGUUUUUGCUGCUGAAGUUGUAAGCACCGAAACCACAACUGACGACAAGGAGUUGCUGCAAUAUGAUCAUUGUCAUAGUGAUGAAUGCUCACUAUCUACUGAACGCAGUCGAAAGAUUAGAGACCUUCUCUUCAAGCGGCCAAAGACUGAAGUGCUACCCCUAAAACACGGAAAGAGCAAGACAUUUCCUUAUCUACAUCCUUCCCAUAUCCCGCAUGUUCAGACUCUUAUACUCACCGAUGUUCCGUCGCACGUCUCGUCAAGCUCUCCCAUUCUAUCCUCACUCAUCCGAUUUAUCACCGCAUGUUCAGAUGAAAUGCUUCUAGCUAAACUCCGUGCACGGGCAGACUACUCCUUCCCACCUGGUCGUGACCGUGUAAAAGCAGAGCAGCAACAUGCAAAAUCAUUAUUUGCCCUAGAAUGUCUAGUUCUGGAAAUCACGCCAGCAGUCAGAAAUGCUGCGCCACCGAGAGCUCUAAGUCCAUGGAAACCGCAGCAGCAUGAUCGUACAGGGUGGCAGUCGACUACAGGUGAUUUUGAUUCUGAACGGCUUUGGUCCGCUGCUACGAACGAUUUCAGUUUUUUUGGUAAUGAGGAGUGUGGCGUGCCUGAGCCCCAUGAAGAGAUAGCGACGACCAUUCUGAACGAAAGAGUUCGGCUCGUGUCUGAUGACGACUCUAUUCAUUCAAGCGUACCAGAGCUGGAAGGUUCGAACACAUCCGGUCCCAAACAACCAACACCUCGAUCCUCGGUACCAACAAUGCACAACAAUAGCACAUCUAUUGUCUCGAACGAGCCUGAAGUCGAUCUCGUAUCAGCCCUAGCAUCAUUCAGACGAUCUAAAAAGGCGGAAUUUGAAAGGUUGAAAGAAUCUAAUCGUCACUCUCCAUCGACAUCUUCUCCAUGCCCGUCACCGUUCGACAGUCACGGCGCUCUGCCAUUACAUGUAGAAGGAUACUGGCCGGGAGAAGUAAAAGUGAUACGUAACCCGACGCCAAAGGGCCGGAGUGGAGUGGUUGAUAUAUAUGGUAAUUACUUUGAGAAGGGGUAUUUGUAUCCAUGA